GCGAAAUAAAUAUUGUUUUUAGCUCCCUUUAAUAGUUUCUUAGGUACCCUUCCCUCUCAAAUCCUGAUUUUUGCAAUUGGAACGGGACCCUAAUGGGAACACAGUUGAAAGCGGUAUCGAUUUCCUCUCCCUGCCGCAAGCGUCUUCUCGCCGACCUUCCCAAGCCCAAUUCGGCAGCGCCGCCGAAUCCUCUGCCGUACAAGAAAACCCGGGAUCUGCCCAAUUUGUCUGAAUGUCAUUCGUGCAACUCUCGAACCGACGUGGCCACAGGCAGAAAUCGUAUUCAAUUUCUGUACAGCGAAUGGCGUAUUGUCCUGCUCUGCAGACGAUGUCUCUCCUGCGUCCAGUCAUCGGAAAUCUGCUCUUACUGUUUCAAGGAAUCGUCCCAAGAUUGUAUUUCUUGCUCCCGGUGUAAGCAUUCCGUUCACAAGACCUGUUUUUUAAAGUACAAAUCUAUUGCCCCUUGGUCGUAUUCUUGUAGUGGGACGGAGUUUGUCGUUUGUGUCGAUUGUUGGGUACCGGAUUACAUUGCCAGGAGAAGAAGGACCUUGAAGAGCUGUAAACCUGGGAAUUCUAGGGUUUUGGAUUCUGGGGACUGCACGCCGUCGUUGCAGGAUGUGGUGAAGGAUGCCAAUUGCGCUGCGGAGGAAAAGGUUGAGGCUGCAGCCAGGGCUAGGGAAUUGGCUGAGAAGAAGGCCGCUGUGGCGAGGCAGGCAGUAGAAUUGGCGAGUAAUGCGUUGAAUUUGGCUGCCAUGACAGGUAGGUAUGAUGAUGAGAAAUUGGCGUUGCAGUUGCAUAGGGCCAUAAAUAGCUCGCCUAGAAUUUCCAAGAAUAGAGAUUUGUGUUCCCUAAGUGUUUCAGAGCCUAGGUUUGCAGUUAGGGCUUUGGAUAAUUUGAAACCUUGCACGAUUGUUUAUAGUAGGCGUCUGAAGAAGGGUGAAUGCCAGAAAUUUUGUGGUGUUGAGCUGCAGACGAAGGAUGGAAGGAGAAGAUGUUUCAGUAAAUUGUUAUAUCCUAGUGAGGUUGACAGUCACACAAAUUUAGAGUCUGAAACUUGUUAUCAUCAGGACAGCUAUACAAUGUUUAAGAGUACACGACCUUUGUUGAAGUAUAGCAGGAGGUAUAAGGGUACACGACUAGAUGGAAAACCAGAUCUCUGUUUGUUGAAGUAUAGUCGUAGGUCUAAGGGUACACAGUCUGUUGAAAAGCCUGAUCAAUGUUUGUUGAAGUAUAGCAGGAAAAAAUCUAGCUCCAAUGCAGUUCUUGAUGUUAAAACCUUGUUUCUUUAGACAAGUUCAAACUUGGAAGUCAAGCUUCAGCAGCUCAAUUACAGAUAUGAAAUCUCUAGCACCCUCCUCAGCUUAAGUACAUUCUUUUUCUUUUCCUCUACGGGCAAGCAGCACAUGGAGAGACCAACCUCAGGGAUAUAGGUAAAAGGAAGAUUUAGUUCCUUCUUGAACUUGGUUUUUGGCCUUUUACUUAGUAUUUUUAUUUCUUAGUUGUAGUUGUGGUGGUUGUUGAAGAAAGGUGUUAUUCCCUGUUUUUCAAUUUCUUUUUUGUUCUACCUUGUAGGUGAGCCAGUUGGAAUGAAUGAUUUGAGUUCUUAUCAAUAAUCUGUUUAUAAGUUUUGUCAAACAGGCAUUUGUGUCAAUUCACAAGUGUUUCAAAGUAAAUAGCCAUGUUGUUA